AGACCACUGCCUGCCAUGGUUCGCCCCCGCGGUCGGUCGCAACUGGGCGUGGACAUUCGCGGCGACACCAGCGCGCCCGCAAUGUCCACCAUGAACGAAGUCAGCCCGAUUGAACCCACAUCCCCGGACUUGAGCAAGCAAUUGGAGAAUCGCAUGGCGGACAAGUCCCCCGGAAAGUCACAGUCGAAGAAGCGUCGCAGUCGCUCUCUCCUCCAUCGAUUCGCCGAUACGUGCCUCCGGUACACUUGGUUGCUCCCAUUGCUCAUCAUGCUGUUCCUGCUGUCGCUGUAUGCGGUCAAUCCCACUACGUCCAACCCCAUGCACAGCGCCAUCUUCCUCUCCUAUCCUCAGCCCCCCAAGACGCCCGGCGGACCCAUCAUGUACGGCAAAGGCAAGAAGGACAUCGCCUUCGUGGCCUUUUACACCGUCGUCCUAUCUUUCACGCGCGAGUUUAUCAUGCAGCAGAUCAUCCGUCCGCUGGCCGUGUGGUGCGGAAUCCGGGGAAAGGGUAAGACCGCCCGGUUCAUGGAGCAAGUCUACACUGCGUUUUACUUUGGUAUCUUUGGUCCGUUUGGGUUGUAUGUCAUGAGCCGGUCGGAUAUUUGGUACUUCAACACGACCGCCAUGUUCGAGGGAUUCCCGCAUCGCGAGCACGAAGGUCUCUUCAAGGCGUAUUACCUGCUGGAGGCGAGUUACUGGGCGCAGCAAGCCAUUGUGCUCCUGUUGCAGCUGGAGAAGCCCCGGAAAGACUUUAAGGAGCUGGUCGGACACCACAUUAUCACUCUGGCUUUGAUUGCGCUGAGCUACCGCUUCCACUUUACCUACAUGGGUCUGGCUGUGUACAUCACCCACGACGUUUCGGACUUUUUCCUUGCUACUUCCAAAACCCUCAACUAUCUCGACUCUGUCAUCGUUGCGCCCUACUUCUGCUCGUUCGUCGGUAUCUGGAUCUACCUUCGUCACGUCCUGAACCUCAAGAUCCUCUGGGCCGUCCUGACCGAGUUCCGCACCGUCGGUCCCUUCGAACUUAACUGGGAGACCCAACAAUACAAGUGCUGGAUCAGUCAGUACAUCACCUUCGCACUACUAGCCAGUCUGCAAGCUGUCAACCUAUUCUGGCUCUUCCUGAUCCUCCGCAUCCUGGCCAACUACAUCUUCACCAACGUCACCAAGGACGAGCGCUCCGACGACGAGGAGUCGGAAGAGGAGACUGAGAACGAGACCAAGUCCAAGGCUACCAUUGCGACUGGCGUUUCCAAGGAGAACAUUGCACCUCAAGUACAAAUCAACGGGGAGCCUGUACCUGAGCAACGGGGUCCACGGACCCGUAGCCGAAAGGCAUGA